AUGAGCCCGAUCCCUGCUCUUGACUGUCUGUCUCUUCAUCUUCCGCUGACCGCGUGGCUGGGACUGCCGCUGCUCGGCGCGAUCAGCGUCUCGCUGUUGGGUCUUGCUUUUGUUCUUGUUCGGCUGUAUAUCGAGCUUCGACGCCAAAGACGACCUGUUCCUACUUCACUGGAUUCAAAUCCUUGGCACUAUUCCAACAUGGAAAAAAGUGAUGGCCUUUUCUCGGAUACGCUGCCGGCGACGGCGUGUGAUAUCCUCCGUCCGUUGUCGCAGUCUGGCCCUUUCCCGAGCAGUGGGAUUCUUGCUGCACAAGCGCGAGAGCAACAGAUUGUGAGCUCCAACUUUGAGAUGGGUGGGUUCAUCUCUCCCGAAACGACAUCUGAGACUGUGGGACUGGCAUCAAAGUGCAACGAGUCGGUCCAGCAGAUGCGCGAGGAGGAUGCAGAAGGUGUGCGAUUUUGGAAGCGAGUGGUUGUCGAGUACAACUAG